AUCCCUCCUUCACCUUUGUCAAUUUCUGAGCUUGCAUUAGAACGCCUCGUUGUUUCCCAUGCUUGGAAAGAAGUUCACAGGCUUUAUCUGAGGUUCGGAAGAGAGAGGGCACCUACAGAAGAGAAAAUCAUAGAAGCUUAAUCUUUUUGGAUUUCCCUGCAAAUCGAGUGGGACCCGCCAAAUUGACGGGGAAGAGCAGUGACCGCGAGCCAUCUGGAAUCGGAAAGGCUACCGCAGCGACUGUUACAAUCAGGCGCGCAACAUUGUUGCAGUGUGACUGCUCGAGCGCGAACAAGGGAACAACACACAUCCAGCAAUGUUUUACAUGAGAGCAUUUUAUCAGACUUUUAUAUUAUUGUAAACGUAAGCUUUUCUCAAAUUCUAAUUAAAUCCCGGGUGUUUAACAGGAAGGAAUACAAUAUAUUUUCUUAAAGGAUAAAGUAUGCCGGACCAAAUUACAGUGUUCGAGUUCAUGGCGGAGACAAAUGAAGAUUAUAAAGCGCCAACUGCAUCAAACUUCACCACUAGAAUGUCCCACUGUAGGAGUACCGUGACUGCUUUGGAGGAGGCGCUGGAUGUGGACCGCAGUGUGCUGUACAAGAUGAAGAAGUCAGUCAAGGCCAUCUACACCUCAGGUCUGGCCCAUGUGGAGAAUGAGGAGCAGUACACCCAGGCCCUCGAGAAGUUUGGGGAGAACUGUGUCUACAGGGACGACCCCGACCUGGGCUCUGCCUUCCUGAAGUUCUCUGUCUUCACCAAGGAGCUCACCGCCCUCUUCAAAAACCUGUUCCAGAACAUGAACAACAUCAUCACCUUCCCUCUGGACAGCCUGCUGAAAGGAGACCUGAAAGGAGUCAAAGGGGACCUGAAAAAGCCUUUUGAUAAGGCCUGGAAAGACUACGAAACGAAAGUCACUAAGAUCGAGAAGGAGAAGAAGGAGCAUGCGCGGCAGCACGGCAUGAUCCGCACUGUGAUCAGCGGGUCGGAGAUAGCAGAGGAGAUGGAGAAGGAGAGGAGGUUCUUCCAGCUGCAGAUGUGUGAGUAUCUUCUUAAAGUGAAUGAGAUCAAGAUCAAGAAAGGGGUGGAUCUACUCCAGAAUCUCAUCAAAUAUUUUCAUGCACAGUGCAAUUUCUUUCAGGAUGGGCUGAAAGCAGUAGACAACCUCAAACCCUCCAUAGAGAAGCUAGCCACAGACUUACACACGAUAAAGCAGGCCCAGGACGAGGAGAGGAAGCAACUCACUCAGCUACGGGACGUUCUCAAGUCAGCGCUGCAGGUGGAGCAGAAGGAGUCUAGGAGAGAGUCCCAGGUGAGACAGAGCGCCACCUACAGUUUGCACCAGCCUCAGGGCAACAAGGAGCACGGUACCGAGCGCUGUGGGAACCUCUACAAGAAGAGUGACGGGUUAAGGAAAGUGUGGCAGAAGAGAAAGUGUUCAGUAAAGAACGGAUACCUUACCAUAUCACAUGGGACGACAAACCGACCGCCGGCAAAACUCAACCUCCUCACCUGCCAGGUGAAACACAACCCAGAGGAGAAGAAGAGCUUUGACCUCAUCUCACAUGACAGAACGUAUCACUUUCAGACCGAGGAUGACCCAGAAUGUCAGAUAUGGAUCUCUGUGCUGCAGAACAGUAAGGAGGAAGCGUUGAAUAAUGCUUUUAAGGGAGACCAGCACGUUGGGGAGAACAACAUCGUCCAGGAGCUGACCAAGGCCAUCCUGGGAGAGGUCAAGAGGAUGACUGGCAACGAUGUCUGCUGUGACUGCAAAGCGCCCAACCCCACGUGGCUCUCCACUAACCUGGGCAUCCUGACGUGUAUAGAGUGUUCUGGGAUCCACCGGGAGUUGGGAGUCCACUACUCCAGGAUCCAGUCCCUCACGCUGGACGUCCUCAGCACCUCUGAACUCUUGCUGGCCAAGAACGUGGGGAAUGCAGGCUUUAACGACAUCAUGGAGGCGUGUCUAUCUGCGGAAGAUGUGGUCAAACCCAACCCUGCCAGUGACAUGCAAGCCCGUAAAGACUUCAUCACAGCCAAGUACACAGAGAAGCGUUUCGCCAGAAGGAAGUGUCCAGACGGGGUGUCCAAGCUGCACACGCUCUGUGACGCAGUCAAGUCCCGAGACAUCUUCUCUCUGAUCCAGGUGUAUGCUGAGGGAGUGGAUCUGAUGGAGCCCAUCCCCCUGGCCAACGGACACGAACAAGGUGAAACGGCCCUUCACCUAGCGGUCAGAUUAGUGGACAGGACCUCGCUCCAUAUCGUUGACUUCCUCACUCAAAACAGUAUGAACCUGGACAAGCAGACAGCCAAAGGCAGUACAGCCUUACACUACUGCUGUCUGACUGACAACAUGGAGUGCCUCAAACUGCUCCUGCGCGGAAAGGCCUCCAUUGACAUAGCUAGUGAGUCUGGGGAGACGCCGCUGGACAUCGCUAAGAGACUGAAGCACCUGCAGUGUGAGGAGCUGCUGAACAUGGCGCUGGCGGGGAAGUUCAACGCCCAUGUGCACGUAGAGUACGAAUGGCGUCUGCACCAUGAAGACAUGGACGAGAGUGAUGAGGACCUGGAUGACAAGGUGAGGCCCAGCCCCCAUCGGAGAGAGGAGCGCCCUGCCAGCUGCUACACCCCUGGCUCCAACUCCCACCUCCAUCCCAGCCCGGCCUCCCUGGCACGGGACAAGCAGCGUGGUGGGUACAUGCCCAACCUAGUCACCAACGAGACCUAUGGUGCCAUCCUCAACGCCAGCCCUCCUGCGCCAGGGGGACCCUCCAUGACCUCUGCACCCCCUCUGCCCCCAAGAAACAUAGUCCAGAUGCCAGGUCUGUGUGGGAUGGUCCAGUCAUCAAGGUCCUCUGGGUGGAAGCCUGGCUCGAUAGACCUAGGGGGCCGACAGAGGUCCUCCUCAGACCCCCCCAACAUGCACCUCCCGGUACCCCCCAUGCGGGUCACCUCAACCACUGGUCUUGCUCCUCCCCCCGUGGUCAAGACAGUGAGUGUGAUGGAGGCUAUGAACCAGCAGUCCAAACCAGGGACCGGACAUGGCCACAGCAGAGCCCCACCACCCAAGUCUCCAUCUGGCAACGCCAAAAGCUUCAGCAAAGGACCGACUCGAACGGGGUCCAUCGAAAGACCAGCUAAGGAAGUGCCGGGAUGCCGCCAGAACUCGAUAGGUCAAUCGCUGCCUCCGGCCCCCAUGCCUAGGAAGACCUAUCCGAAGCAGAGGCCCAAGCGAGUAAAGGCCAUCUAUAACUGUCUGGCAGACAACCCAGACGAGCUGACCUUCUCUGAGGGGGAGGUGAUCGUGGUGGACGGGGAGGAGGACCAGGAGUGGUGGCUGGGCCACAUUGAAGGAGAACCAAUGAGGAGGGGGGCUUUCCCCGUCACAUUCAUACACUUCAUCAUGGACUGAAGGUCAAAGGUCAACACAGGCACUGAUCUGGGAUGGAAACCUCCACCUCCCCACGUCUGCUGGUUUGUGGGACGAAAUCAUCAUGUUCAUCAUCGUUAUCAUCAUCAAGCUUGUGACUGCGCUAACACUACAGAAGAAUCGAGUGUCGCUGCCCAAUGCUUUGGCUGGACAGUCUGGGGGUUGCCAUGACAUCAUACCCACCCUUCACUCCGGGAAUGUUACGUGACGUCAUAUCACUGCUCUUUAGACCAAGCCCGCAGAUGCUCUUGAGGAAACUGUGUUUAGACUUCUGACACCAUCUGACAUUUUAAAAAACAAUGAUUGUAAUGAGUGUUCACAACAUUAAGAGGAUUAUUGACAAAAUGAAGGUUCUGUUCAUAAGUUUCACUUGGUUUUCCUCUGUGUGAAUUGUACAGAAAGUUAUUUAAAAACAACUGAUAGAGGGGACUACACACAGUAAUGUGGAUCUUUAGGAUUUCUUUCACUUAUCGUUAAUGUGAAUAUAGUCGUUAUGCUUACAUUCCACCUCCUUGCAUGGUUAAAGGGUGACUGUUUUUUUUUAACGCAUAAUUGCUUAGUAGUCAAAGACAUGUAAACUUUUUAGGACUUCCAAUGUGGGAGGAAAAACUUAAUUCAAAAUGGUGCUAACCCAGGAAUAUGCUAGGAGCCCUCACGUAGGGAUGAUCCACUGUCCCCAUCUCAAGACAGCCUGUAACGUGGUAACAACAGGGGGUUGAUGUGGGACAGCCUGUAACUUGGUAACAACAGGGGGUUGUCGUGGGACAGCCUGUAACGUGGUAACAACAGGGGGUUGAUGGUUGGGACA